CGACGCGCGAUGGUUGUCGGUUAGUAAACUUUUGUCCACGGCCCGAUCGACACGCCUGUUGCGAACGCUGACGCCGCCGUCCACCUGUCCUUCCGUCCGUCAACGCAUAUUUAUCACACAAAUAAAUUAUUAUAAAGACAGAAAGACAACGAGGCCGCCACUGCAAUAUGCAAUCCGUCCGACGGUUAUUGGCGUGCAUGUUCGUCGCGGUCGCCGUGUGUCGGUGCAUUGGCGCUCCGUCGUGUUCGCCGGAUAAGCUAGCCAGGUACCGGGUGGUGGUACGCACGUUCUGGACCCGUGACCGGUUCCCCAAACAUUUCCCCGAAUGGAGACCACAAGCACAGUGGAGCAAAGUCGUCGGCAGAUCGCAUUCCAGAGAUUAUACCAUGUUCCGAGAAGGCACGCCGGCAUCUGAAAGUGUUCGCAUGUUUGCCAAAACGGGGCGCAGUGACAAAUUGGACGAUGGUGGCGGUGAAGGAUUGAAUGGAGGGAGUGGUGGAGGAGCAGUAGAAGAUAAGGUACUAAACACUUUUGUAGCACCCAGCGUGUCGACAGGGGCCGCCUGGACUCAAUCACAGUUCUUCGUGGACGGAAACCAUUCUAGGGUGUCAUUGAUGUCACGCAUGAUUCCAUCUCCGGAUUGGUUUAUUGGAAUAGAUUCGUUUGAUCUGUGCGUGAAUGGUAAUUGGCUUGACAGCAUCACUAUAGAGGCUGAUCCAAUAGACGCGGGAUGCGACAACGGAUUCACGUUUACAGCGCCGAAUUGGCCUACCGAUCCACAGGGCAUUGUAUACCGAAUAAAAAGCAACUAUCCAUCACACCCUGCCAGUUCUUUCUACUAUCCACAGUUCAAUCGGUUGCCGACGAUAGCAACUUUUCAAUUUAUAAAAAUAAAAGAAUAUGAACAGUCCUUGAGCGGCAGAGGGCAAGCAUCAGACCCCACGGUAAAAAUUGAAGAGAGCGUAAUUAAAGUUUUAAAUGGUGAAAACGAUAGCGAUCGAGAGGUACAACUGGAAAUGGAACAGCAAAGACGAGAACAAGAGUACAAUAACUAUAAAAGUUCAUUUUUCAGUAUUGGCGAUGAUAAAGUAUCGGUUUCUAACGUCACAUCGUCCAUAUCAAUACCAAAAGAUAACAAAGAAGCGUUGAUGAACAGCAUUUUGGACAACUAUCAUGUUCGAAAACAUAAGAAAACUCACAAAAAAUCAAGGUACCGAGACUGCCGGUUGGGUGUCUGGUCUGAAUGGAGUGCAUGCAGCGUAUCAUGUGGCAUCGGUGAAAUGCAGAGGCGCAGAGAGGUGAUAAAACACCCAAGAGGAGCAGGACGGCAGUGCCCACCAUUGCUACAGACCAAAUGGUGUGGGAGCGCCAAAGACUGUCCUCCACAAACACAUUUUGAGUGGUAAUAAUAUAAGUUAUAAUAAUAUACAUGAUAUUAUAAUAUUUUGUAUGUUAUUAUAAUAAUAUUAUAUCAUAAUAUAUUAAGUAUACCGUAAAUCAAAUUAUAAAUAUGAUUUAAUUUUAUAAAAAACACCAUCUGAUGCUCGAAAUGGUGAUCAAAAACUGAUCCCGAAUUCUCCUAUCCUCAUAAUCUCCUUGAGUCCAAAAACACUCGUCGCAUACAACAUAUAGGUAUUAUAAUAGGUAGUAUAGUAGGUAUUACAUAUUGUUAUUUAAAACGCUACGAUAAUGCGCCACACUUUUCACUACCCAAAUCGUAUCAUUCAUUGCCCACUUCCUUCACAAGAUCAUUUUUGAAGUUUUGUCUCAUUAUUUUUAACGACAGAAUUGUAAAAUGUACUGUAAAAUAUUUACUUGUAUAGAUAAGCUAUAGGUGUACCAAAAAUGUAGAUCGAUUUAAGAUUAUAUCUAAAUAUUAUAUUAUUAUAUUUUCAACAGUACCUAUGUAUGUUAAGACAUGUAUUAUAUAUUUUUUUUUCAUUCAAGUGGUUUAAUUAUAAACUAUAAUAUUAAGAUAAUUAUGUUUUUGACAUAAAAUAUGGCAAUAUUGUAUUAGUUUUUACGAGAGCCAAAAUUUACCCAUGUACCAUAUGUAUAACCAUUGUACAAUUUAAAGUCCGGCACUCCCGUGUACCUAUUUUUUUUGUCGAACGAUAUAACUGUUAUUAAAGACGUACCUAAUAUUGUUAAAAUAAGCAAGACAAUUAUUGGAUUUGUAAAAUCUGUUAAAAAUUGAUUAUUUAUAUAAUUUAUAUUAAUAACUUAUCUUCUCUUUAGUAUUUUAUGGUGUAAUAUAUUUUUAGGAUACCAUGUAUGAUUAAAAUAAUUGUAUUUUGUAUAUUAUAGGCGUAUUACGUACUCGUAAUAUCAUUGAUAAUAAAAUGGUAAUAUUAUGUAUUUUAUAUAAUGUAAUACUGUAUUGGUAAUUAUACCAAACGAUUUAAUUCAUAAUAAUUGUAAUUUAUAUCUGAAUUUGUAAGAAAAUCGUACUUGCCUAUAUCAUAAUAAUACAUAAUAAUGUAGGUAAGUAGUGAAAUAUAGUGUUAUAAAUUAUGGAUUAUGAUAAAAAAAAAAUUAUCAUUUACUUUUUUUACGUUAAGAAAAUGUGGCUAGGUACCUAUAUCUAUAAAUAUUGUCCAUAAGUUGUA